AUACCAAUCGGUAAGAGCUGAAAUUAGUUUAUUUGAUGAAUACGAAAGUGAGUUUGUUAGAGAAACGUGGAAGGUACAACUUUUAUUUGGAAAUAGUGAAAAGAAACAAACAACGAUGCAAGUUCGUUGGUUUCCAGGACAAAGUACAGUCAAAUCUAUAAAAGAAAAAUGUAAGCGGAAGGCAUACAAAAUAAUUCGUUCAAGUUAUUAUCAAGACGUAGCUAGAAAAAUUACUCUUUUGAGUAUGGCAAAAUGGCGCGUUUUGGAAAAAACUUAGUAUUCCUUGCAUACUUUAAAGAUAAAAAUCAGUUGGACGCAGCUAAGGCAUUGGACAAAGGAGCAGUCGAUACUUGGAUUAUUCAUGAUAAGGGUUUGGGCAAUCAACCGGUAGAGAUCUCAAAAAGGGACUCACGUAGUGAUUUGGUCAGCACUACGCCAAGAUAUAAUGGAAAAGCAACGCCUGCAACGAAAAUACAACCUAUAGCCAAAUCAACAAUUAUAGAUAACAUUAGUACAGACGAGGUGGUUGAUGUAGUAAAUAAAUAUAGGAAGAAUUUAUUAGAUGAAUCUCCACAAAAUGUCGCAUCAACAUCAAUAAAAGACUACGCCUCGCCAGAGAAAGUUGUAGAUAUAGUUUUGGAUUUGAGAGCAGAAAUCAACAAAGAGUUGUCACAUGAUGAAAAAGAGGAUGAAAAGUGGAUUGACCGAUGUAGAAAUGGGUAUGCCGCGUUAGUUACAGAUCUGAAAGAAAAAAAAAAGAAGAUGGACGAAGUAAGGUUGGAACGUGAUACGCUAAAUAAAGAAUUGGAAGUAGUUAAUAAUAAAGUGAAUGAAAAUCAAAAAAUGCUGGAUAAGCUAGCAAAAUCCAACGAAAAUACUAAACAGAAGCUCAUAGAAAAAGCACAAGAAGAACGGAAACGCCUACGAAAGACACAAGGUGACCGUGUAAAAGAGGAAGAAGGAAUAGAAAGUGAUAGUGAUGAAGAAGAAGAAGAUCAAGUGGUGAUGUGUAUAAGAGACAGAUAUAUAGCUAUAUAA